ACCUGCAGGAGGAGGCUGCGGUGAGGAGACGGAGCCAUGAGCAUGGGACCUGCAGUGCUGCUGGUUGCUGGCCUGGCCUGGACUGUGCUGACUGUAGCUGCCUCUGAGUGGAGCUGUGUGAAGCCUGCGGAGAUUGAGCAUGGGUACGUGGAGCACCUUGUCAAGUACCACUGUGACCCGUACUACCAACUGCGCGGCGCUGGUGACGGGACAUACAAGUGUGAUGAGAACCUUGCAUGGGUGAGCCUCGGAGCUGGCAAGGAGGCACCUGUCUGUGAGCCAGUGUGUGGGAAGCCGAAGAACCCCCCGAGGCAGAUGCAGCGCAUCAUUGGGGGCCUGCUGGCUGGGAAGGGCAGCUUCCCGUGGCAGGGCCGGCUGGUGACACGCCACAACCUCACCGUGGGGGCCACACUCAUCAGUGACCAGUGGCUGCUGACCACGGGCAGGAACGUGUACCUGAACCACACUGACAGCGCUACACCGGAGGAGAUCGCCCCUACACUGCAGCUCUUCUUGGGUGGCCGGGAGCAGCCUGCUCUGGCCAUUGAGCAGGUGGUGCUGCACCCCAACUACCCCAAGGCUGUGGAUCUGGCCCUGCUGAAGCUCAAGGAGAAGGUGUUCCUUGGAGAGGAAAUAAUGCCCAUCUGCCUGCCCCAGAAGGACUAUGUGCAGCCAGGGCGUGUGGGUUAUGUCUCAGGCUGGGGCCGUGGUGCCACCUUUGCCUUUUCCAGCAUGCUGAAGUAUGUGAUGCUGCCAGUGGCAGAGGGAGAGAAGUGCCGGCAGUACUAUGGGGCACGGAACGCAUCCUCCUGGGUGCAGCCCCUCCUCAGCAAUGACACCUUCUGUGUGGGCAUGAGUGAGCUGCAAGAAGACACAUGCUAUGGGGAUGCUGGUGGUGCCUUCGCCGUGCAGGACCCUGAUGACAACACAUGGUAUGCAGCUGGCAUCCUCAGCUAUGACAAGACCUGCAGUGCCUCCAAGUACGGUGUAUAUGUGGACGUGCAGCGUGUCCUGGCCUGGAUCAAAGACACAGUGGCAGCUGGAUAGAAGAAGGGCCAUGUGGAAAUAAACCUGCCCCA